CACAAAUCCAGUCAACUAAGUCAGUCCUUCCAUGUCAUGCUUCACAGACUAGGCACUUUACGAAAAGCAUUUCCAACAAACUACAGACAUUCAUCAACACCUGUCACCUACGCCGAUCACUCCAUACUGAAGAUCAGAUGGCAAGAAUAAGAAUAAGAAUAAGCAAAAAGGAACUCUGGGAACCAACUAAUCAAGAACAUAUCACCCAACAAUUAUGCAGAAGAAGAGAGUGGAGAUGGAUUCGACUGGACUGGACUGGACAUACACUGAGAAGACCAUUCAGGGACAUCACACACCAGGUCAGGCCCUUGAGUGGAACAUGCAUGGAAAAUGACGAGUUGGGCGUCCAAGGCGAGGGUGACAUGGAGGAGAUGGUGUGUGAGGAAGAAAUAAAAGGUUAUGAGCAGUGGUGGAGCCAAGUUGAAAAGACUACAGAGAACAGAUUGCAAUGGAGAUGUGCUACUAAAGCCCUAUGUUCUACUAAGAACGCAAGGGACAAUAAUCGCAAUAAACAGAUAUCUGUCUGUCUAUUGGAAACGAGAAAAAAAAUGCGAUUGUAGGUAAGCAAAGACUUUCUUUUCUAUAUAAUCAUCCAUUCAGCUAUACAUUCGCUAAUAAAGUAGAAGAUUGCCGAAUAAUUUAUGGUUAAGAGUCAGAAUAUAUAUUGAAUAAAUAAAUAAGGUUAUGUAAUAUACAAGUGACAAUUUAUACAUUUAUGAUGGCCAUGAUCGGAAAUAAUUCAAC